AUGGAGACAGCUCUCUCCUCUCAUUCAGAUGGGAUCACCGCCCUGGAGGAGCAGGUGACCACGCUUCAGUCUGAACUAAUGACAGUCAAACAGGUGAACGAGAAGCUCCAAUUGACCGUGGAAGACCUGAUUUCUCGCUCCAAAAGAAAUAAUCUCCGCAUUGUCGGCGUCCCGGAGGGGGCGGAGGGCGCUGACACUCGUCUCUUCGUCACCACAAUGCUUAAAAAAGUCAGCGGAGAUGCUCUUCAAGACCUGGACCUCGAACUCGACCGCGCUCAUCGCAGUCUGGCCCCAAAGCCACUCCAAGGAUCCCGACCCCUCAUCGUUAGGUUCCACAGGUACAUCCACAGAGAAAAAGUCUUGCAAUGGGCCAAGAAGAACCGCGAUGUAUCAUAUCUGGGGCAGCCUAUCCGGAUCUUUGAAGAUUUCAGCAACACCAUCGCAAAGAAGCGGGCCAGUUUCAACAAGAUCAAGAGCCAGCUCUACAAAGAUGGAAUACGCUUUGGCGUCAUCUAUCCAGCCCGCUUGAGAAUCACCUUGAACGGACAGACGCACUUGUUUGACUCAGCGGAGGAGGCAGAGCGGUUCUACUCGAGGAGCAAGGGAUUGUAUGGUGGGCCAAACGUCCAAAUUCAGUCAAGGUAA